AUCAGCUCUGACAUCGCUGUGAUUUGAGGGUCGCACAUCUUCAUAAAUGGAGCUGAACUCAGAGCCGUUAUUCUGAGAAGCCGGACAACGACGACAACAUGAGGCUGAGACGCAGCGUCGGAGAACUGCUGGUGUGUUGCAUUGCAUUGUGGGUAGGCGUGUCCUCCUCCUCCUCUGGGGUUAAAGCUCCUCCUCCUCCUGGAUGCGACUCCAUGUUGUCAUUCUCCUCUGAGGUCUCCUCCUUUUCUGUCGGACAGACCAACGUCAACAGGAGGUCUCUGUCUCCGUGGAGAUGGAGGUCGUCCACCGUGAAGAACCGGGUCCCCUCCACCCUCUGGGAGGCCGAGUGCAUCGACGCCUUCUGCUCGGGGCUGAACAAACACAGCCUGGUGUCAGUUCCCAUCUACCAGAGCGUCCUGGUCCUGAACCGGCAGCAGGGGGCACACUGCUACACCGCGUCGUACCUGUCGGUGGCCGUGGGCUGCACCUGCGUCUGGGCCAAAACCAGCCAGAACUGAAGCUACAGCUCAGAGAGGAGAACAUUUAACAUCUGCUGAUUGUGUUGUGUUGAUUUGUGUGAUUGUGUUUGAUCCUCUGACAACUCAAUUAAAUUAAAACCCACAAAAUGAAA